AUGGAGACCAGGCCCAAAUAUUACGGCAGAGAAUUUCAUGGCAUGAUAUCUCGAGAGUAUGCAGAGGACCUUUUGAGAGGAGCCGAUGGUUCCUACUUGAUUAGGGAAAGCCAAAGACAGCCCGGGACUCACACAUUAGCCUUAAGAUUUGGGCCGCAGACCUUCAACUACAGGCUGUUCUACGAUGGGAAGCACUUUGUCGCAGAGAAGAGGUUCGAGUCUGUGCACGACCUGGUCACAGAUGCCCUCAUCACUCUCUACAUCGAGACCAAGGCGGCGGAGUACAUCGCCAAGAUGACUGCAAACCCCAUCUAUGAGCACCUUGGUUAUACCUCACUACUAAAGGACAAGAUGGUGCACAGGAUGAGCCGAAAAACUCCAAAAACUCCAGAUGGCCCUAUCAAACUGUUGACCUCCUGUCCGCAGAUCUCAUCCCCUGUGGUUAGGCAGAGCGCCUUGAAAGACACCGCAGAGAAGCAGUGCUCCUAUGAGAAGAUACACAACUUUAAGGUACACACCUUUCGGGGGCCACACUGGUGUGAGUACUGCGCCAACUUCAUGUGGGGCCUGAUUGCCCAGGGGGUCCGCUGUUCAGAUUGCGGGCUUAAUGUACACAAACAGUGCUCCAAACUGGUUCCUAGCGACUGCCAACCGGACCUGCGGCGGAUAAAGAAAGUGUUCAGCUGUGACCUCACCACGUUGGUAAAGGCGCACAACACCCCAAGGCCUAUGGUGGUGGAUCUCUGCAUCCGAGAGAUUGAGCUCCGAGGUAUGAAAUCUGAAGGUUUGUACAGAGUAUCGGGCUUCUCGGAGCACAUCGAGGACGUGAGACUCGCCUUUGACCGAGAAGGUGAAAAAGCUGACAUCAGUGCCAGUGCCUAUGCAGACAUCAACAUCAUUGCUGGUGCUCUGAAGCUCUACUUGAGAGACCUCCCCAUCCCUGUCAUUACGUUCGACUUGUACCCCAAAUUCAUUCAGGCAGCAAAAAUUCCAAAUGCUGAAUGCAGACUGGAGGCAGUCCACGAGGGAUUGCUACAGCUUCCUCCAGCCCACUAUGAGACCUUACGCUAUUUGAUGGCUCACCUCAAGAGGGUAACGACAUUUGAGAAGGAGAACUUAAUGAAUUCGGAGAACUUGAGCAUCGUCUUCGGUCCGACGCUGAUGCAGCCACCCGAGCAGAGCGCCCUGACCACGCUGAACGACAUGAGGCAGCAGAAGCUCGUGGUGCAGCUCAUGAUAGAGCACGAAGAUGUCUUAUUUUAG